AUGGAAGCAGAACGUGAGCGGAAAUCAGCAGGAAAGGAAGCAAUUCAACCUGAAUCAGACAAGCAGCGACGGAGGAGAUCAGAUGACGAAGGAGAUGGCGACAGCGAGAAUGACGACCAGCUUUCGUGUGAAGGUGGCGACAACGAUAACGAUGAUGGGCUUUUGUAUGAAGGUGAUUCCGACUCGGACACAGAUGACGGUUUCACUACGAAGCACAAGGUUGUUGAAAGAGCUUUCUGGGACACCGCAAACUCUCCCAUGGCCCAAGAAGAAGAUGGUGAAAGGAAUUGCCUCAAUGCAAGUCGAUGCCACAAAGACAGUCACAAAGCAAAGUUCAGGGGAUUAGUCAUUUUCGAACUGUACAAAGUCAUAGUCAAAUUGAACGACAAAAUCCGCAGCACCCCUUGCUCAACAGCCGAAUCUACGAUGAAAUCACGAAACCGGCAUCGGAGUAUUGGGAUUACAAUCCGGGCGAGCCACUUGAAAGCUGAUACUAUUGAUCUUGACCCAUAUGCCCUUCUUCCCCUGUCUGGUUCUGAACCCAGACCCCCAAUGUGUGAAGAAACUGGAGUAUCUAUGUAUUUUUCUUUCAAGAUCAAUGAUGAGGAUGUACUAGUUGCUUUUAAAGAUGAUGAUCAUGUGAAUCGCGACCUAUUUCCAGGUGAUGGUGUAUCUAAGUACUGCACUUUCAAUGUUUCUGCACUUGAUGAAAGUUUCUUGGACGAGUAUGGUCCCUAUAUCGCGAGGUCUGUGGUUGGAAACCCCAGCACCAGUCCUAUCCUAAUGAUGGCGUACAGUUCCAAGUAUCGUGGAGCAUGGGCUACUAUUGAUGUCAAGAUGUUGAAUAAAAGUGUUAAGGGUGUUUCUGGUUUGAUUGCUGCCAGGCCUUGCAUAUUGUACUCGAGGAUUCGUUUGCUAUCACUUAAACGAAGGGAUGAGGAUAAGACGGUGAUGAUUGAGAGAAGUGAGGAUGGUUUGGUGGGGAAUGGUGGAAGUAUUAAGCUUACAAGGUCGGUGGUAGCUGUUCCUUCCAAUUCCUCACUCAUUAUUGGGGCCAUUUUGUAUGACCGUCAUCAAGGAGAUGGUGAGAACCUUAGUUGCAGUGGCAAGACCUUUUUCCGAGCUAUGAAAAUGGGGGAGGAAACCAAGAUCAUUUCCUAUAAUGGUGUCCCCACCCUCGAAGUUACUGCCCGAUGGAAAUGCAGUGAAACAGUCUAA